AAAUAACCAGCAUGGGCUCCUGCCAUUAACCCCUCGCCUCCUCUGUCCGUGAUGCAGCCCGUGGGUUUGAAGCAGAAAGUCGCAGACCUCCACCGGGACCGCCCUCAUUCCCUUAUUUCCUCACCAGCGGAACCGGGAAUAAACUUCCUCCGCCCCGCCCCGUCUGCCUCAGUGAUGAUGGGGCAGUGAGCGGGCCAAAGGCACCAAAAUCCUCUGGAGGUUCUAUUUUGUUCUUCUUCAUUUUCUUCCACAACUUCAGCGACGUGGUCUUUUUCCUGAGCCGCCUGCAGCCAUGUUGCGGGUUGUGGUGGAAUCUGCUAAAGGUCUCCCCAAAAAGAAACUUGGACUCCCGGAUCCAGUGGCCUCCGUCAUCUUUAAAGAUGAGAAGAAGAAAACCAAGUCGAUUGACAACGAGCUGAAUCCCGUGUGGAACGAGGCGCUUGAGUUUGAUCUGAAGGGCAUCGGCCUGGACUCCAGCUCCUUCGUAGACGUGAUCGUGAAGGACUAUGAAACCAUCGGGAAAGACAAAUUCAUCGGCACAACCAAAAUCCCUCUGAGAGACCUCGCCUCGGGUCAAAUGAGAUCACUGCCCUCCAAAAAUGUCCCUUUGGUCGAUGAAAGUGGACAAAACAUUGGAGCUACAAUCAACGUUGCGAUUGGCUACACCCCUCCAGCCAACGCGGCGCCGAACCUCAACGACCAGGCCGGAGACGCCACAGUGGACGGCGGUGGUGGUGGCGGCGGCGGGGAGGAGGGGGGUGAGACUUCCCCAGAUGGGGGCCAGAGCGGCUCCGCGGGGGUCCCCUCGCCCGCGGGACAGUCGGUUAACCCUCGCCAGAAGACGGGCUGGGCGCAGAGUAGCCGCCGACUCGUCGACAAACCUCAGGACUUCCAGGUCCGAGUCCGAAUCAUCGAGGCCCGUCAGCUGUCUGGAAACAACAUCAAACCGGUGGUGAAGGUCAACGUGUGUGGACAGACGCACAGGACGAGGAUCAAGAAGGGAAACAACCCCUUCUUUGAUGAGAUCUUCUUCUUCAACGUCCACAUGCUCCCUUCGGAUCUGUUUGACAAGCACAUCAGCUUCCGGGUGUACGAUUCCUAUUCGCUGAGGGCCGACAGUCUCACGGGAGAGUUCAAGCUGGACGUCGGUCACGUCUACGAUGAACCAGCCCACUGUGUCAUGAGGAAGUGGCUCCUGCUCAACGACCCAGAUGACUCCAGCUCCGGGGCCAGAGGUUACCUCAAAGUCAGCCUCUUCGUGGUGGGGGCCGGAGACGAGGCCCCGGUGGAGAAGAGGGACUCCUGCGACGACCAGGACGACAUCGAGACCAACCUGCUGCUGCCCGCCGGCGUCACCCUGCGGUGGGCCACGUUGUCCCUGAAGGUGUUCAGGGCGGAGGACGUCCCCCAGAUGGAUGACACGUUCGUCCAGAGCAUGAAGGAGCUGUUUGGGGCAGACGAGAACAAGAAGAACCUUGUGGAUCCCUUCUUGGAGGCUCGCUUUGCCGGCAAAAAGCUGUGCACUCGCAUCAUUGAGAAGAACGCCAACCCAGAGUGGAACCAAGUGCUGAACCUCCAAGCCAAGUUCCCCUCCAUGUGUGAGCGGGUCAAGCUGACGGUCUUCGAUUGGGAUCGAUUGACAGGAAAUGAUGCUGUUGGAACUGCGUACCUGAACCUGGCCAAGAUAGCCUCCUCCGGUGGAGAGAUAGAAGAGGAACAUGCAGGAAAUGGGGGGAAACCGUCAUACGAAGCCAACACGGGGGAGUCCGAGAUGGGCUUCCUGCCCGUCUUCGGGCCGUGCUACGUCAACCUGUACGGGAGCCCCCGGGAGUUCACCGGCCUGCCGGACCCCUACGACGACCUCAACUACGGCAAAGGAGAGGGCGUGGCGUACCGGGGGAGGGUCCUGGUCGAGCUGUCCACGAAGCUGGAGGGCAAAGCGGACAAGAGCGUGGACGACGUGCACAGCGACGACGUGCUGGUGGUGCAGAAGUACCAGAGGAGGAGGAAGUACAGUCUGUGUGCCGUCUUCCACAGCGCGUCCAUGCUGCAGGAGCCAGGGGAGCCGAUCCAGUUUGAGGUCAGCAUCGGUAACUAUGGCAACAAGCUGGACGCCACCUGCAAACCGCUGUCCUCCACCACUCAGUACAGUUGCGCCGUAUUCGAUGGUAACCACUACCACUACCUGCCCUGGGUGAACACCAAGCCCGUGGUGGUCGUCCUCUCAUCCUGGGAGGACAUCAGCCACCGCCUGGACGCCGUCAACAUCAUCCUGUACAUCGCUCACCGCCUGCAAUCCAACCUGGACUUGUUUAAAGUCGCCAUCGCGGCCAAAGUCUCCGACAAGGAACUGGUUGAGGUGUGGCUGACGUUGCUCAAUCAGCUGGUGGAAGACAUAGAAAGCUUCCCGGUGCCGGCGCUGGAGGGCCAAGCCAACCUCACGGCGCUCGACCUCCAGAUCAAGAAGCUGCGGGACAGCGCUUUGGCCAACAUCAAGGACGGCGCCGCACGCAUGAGGCAGGAGGCCACCGAGAUCCGCGACACUCUGCCGGACCUGGAGUCCUGGGCGCAGAAGCUCGCGCUGCUGGCCGAGGAGCCCCAGAACAGCAUGCCCGACGUGAUCGUCUGGAUGCUGCGGGGGGAGAAGCGGGUGGCCUACUGUCGCAUCCCGGCUCACCAGGUCCUCUACUCCAGCUACAGCGAGCAGGCCUGCGGGCGCCACUGCGGGAGGACGCAGACCGUCUUCAUGCAGUACCCCAUGGACAAGAACAAGGGCGUCAAGGUGCCGGUUCAGAUCCGAGUCAACAUGUGGCUCGGUCUGUCGGCGAACGAGAAGAAGUUCAACUCCUACACCGAGGGGACCUUCAGCGUGUUCGCUGAGCUGUACGAGAACCAGGCCCAGGUGUUUGGGAAGUGGGGGACGACCGGGCUGGUGGGGCGCCACAAAUUCUCCGACGUCACGGGCAAACUGAAGCUGAAACAAGAGUUCUUCAUGCCGCCGAGGGGGUGGGAAUGGGAAGCUGAUUGGUUCAUCGACCCGGAGAGAGCCCUCCUGACGGAGGCGGACGCAGGACACACGGACUUCAUGGACGAGGUUUACCAAAACGAGACCCGCUUCCCCGGCGGCGAGUGGAAGGCCGCCUCCGAGCCGUUCACCGACGUGAAUGGGGAGCUGAGUCGAAACCCUGCAGAGUUCGAAUGUCCUGCAGGAUGGACGUGGGGGGACAAGUGGACGGUGGACGACAACAGAGCUGUGGACGAUCAAGGUUGGGAGUACGGAGUCACUAUUCCCCCAGACAACAAGCCCCGGUCCUGGGUCUCUGCGGAGAAGGUCUACCACAUCCACCGCCGCAGGAGGCUGGUCCGGCCCCGCAAGAGAGCCGCACUUGCCGCAGGAGCCGCCGCGCCGAAGCGGGACCAAGGGGACCCCGAGGGCUGGGAGUUCUCCUCUCUGAUUGGCUGGAAGUUCCACAGGAAGGAGCGCUCGUCGGACACCUUCCGUCGCAGGCGGUGGCGGCGGAAGAUGGCGCCGGAGGAGCGGCUUGGAGCGUCCGCCAUUUUCCAGCUGGAGGGGGCGCUGGGUGUCGACACCGAGGAGAAGGGCUCGAAGGCCGACGUCACCAAGCUGUUUGGCGCCAACACGCCCACCGUGUCCUGCUCCUUUGACCGGUCCUACGCGUACCACCUGCGCGUGUACAUCUAUCAGGCCCAGAACUUGGCGUCUAUGGACAAAGACAGUUUUUCCGAUCCGUACGCACACGUCUCCUUCCUGCACGUCAGUAAGACCACGGAGAAGCUGAAGGCCACCCUGAACCCCACCUGGGACCAAACUCUGAUCUUCAAUGAUGUGGAGAUUUUCGGGGACCCGCAGAACGUUGCUCAGCUUCCUCCUGAUGUCGUCGUGGAGUUCUUCGACAAUGACCAAGUGGGGAAGGACGAGCCGCUGGGCCGCAGUGUUUGCGCCCCGCUGGUGAAGUUGCAUCCGGGCAUGGACCAGACACCCAAACUGCUGUGGUACCCCAUCAUCCAGAAAGGUCACAAGGCCGGGGAGGCCCUGCUGGCGGCCGAACUCAUCCUCAAAGACAAGUCGGGCGAAACAGAACUUCCCCUGUUUCCCCCCAAGAGGGCAGAAAACCUCUACAUGGUCCCUCAGGGCAUCCGGCCUGUGGUGCAGCUCACUGCCGUGGAGAUCCUGGCGUGGGGCCUGAGGAACAUGAAGCCGUUCCAGCUGGCCUCGGUGUCCUCCCCAAGCCUGGUGGUGGAGUGUGGGGGGGUGAGGGUGGAGUCGGCGGUCAUCAAGAACAUGAAGAAGAGCCCCAACUUCCCCAGCUCUGUCCUCUUCAUCAAAGUGCUCCUUCCAAAGGAGGAGAUGUACACGCCCCCCAUUGUGCUGAAGGUGAUUGACCACCGUCCGUUCGGCCGGAAGCCCGUGGUGGGUCAGUGCACCAUCACGACGCUGCAGCAGUUCAGAUGCGACCCGUACGUCGUCACCGCAGACGGCGCCAUGUCCUCCAAAAUGGCGCUGAUGGCUGCUCCUUCCGCACAUCUCGCCAUUAACAUGGAGGAGAAGAGACCACUGCUGGAAACUCAGCUUGAAGAGAAGGAAAAAGAGACGGUCGACUGGUGGAGUAAGUUCUACGCGUCGACUGGAGACCAUCAGAAGUGUGGCCCUUACCUCCAAAAAGGCUACGACACCCUUAGAGUGUACGACUGCGAGCUCGAGGACGUGCCGGCGUUCAAAGGCCUGACGGAUUUCUGCAGCACCUUCAAACUGCAUCGCGGCAAGAAUGAAAACGGGGACGACGACCCGUCGGUGGUGGGAGAGCUGAAGGCUUCAUUCAAGGUUUACCCGCUGCCGGACGACCCGGGCGUCGCCCCCCCGCCCCGUCAGUUCAGAGAGCUGCCGGAGAGCGGCCCUCAGGAGUGCCUGGUCAGGAUCUACGUGGUCCGAGGCAUCGACCUGCAGCCCAAAGACAACAACGGCAGGUGCGAUCCUUACGUAAAGAUCUCCCUGGGUAAGAACACGCUGGACGACCGAGACCAUUACCUGCCCAACACCACCAGCCCCGUGUUUGGAAGGAUGUUUGAGAUGACGUGUUUCCUGCCUCAGGACAAGGAUCUGAAGAUCUCCGUCUACGAUUACGAUCUCCUGAGUCGCGACGAGAAGGUCGGCGAGACGGUGAUUGACCUGGAGAACCGCUUCCUGUCCAGAUACAACUCCUACUGCGGCCUGCCACAGACCUACUGCAUUUCUGGUAUCAACAAGUGGAGGGACCAGCUGAAGCCGUCUGAGGUCCUGGCCAACCUGGCUCGUCUGAAAGGUCUGUCCAAACCCCGGACGGAAGACAACGGCACGUCUCUCGCAUUCAACGGCAGAGAAUACACUCUGGCUCAGUUCGAGGCCCACACGGAGGUCCACGAGCACCUGGGCCCGGCCCGAGAGCGCCUGUGCCUGCACGUGCUGCGGGAACAGGGACUGGUCCCCGAACACGUGGAGGCCAGGACCCUCUACAGCUCCUUCCAGCCCAACAUCUCCCAGGGAGUGCUUCAGAUGUGGGUGGACGUUUUCCCGAAAAGCAUCGGCUCCCCCGGUCCUCCCUUUGACAUCACGCCGCGCAAGCCGAAGAAGUACUUCCUGCGCGCCGUCAUCUGGAACACCACGGACGUGACGUUGGACGAGACCAGCAUCACGGGAGAACGCAUGAGCGACAUCUACGUCAAAGGCUGGAUGCCGGGCAUGGAGGAGAACAAGCAGAAGACAGACGUUCACUACAGGUCUCUGGACGGGGACGGAAACUUCAACUGGCGCUUCGUCUUCGACUUCGAGUACCUGCCGGCCGAGCAGCUCUGCCUGGUUUCCAAGAAGGAACAAUUCUGGAGUCUCGACAAAACAGAGUUCAGGAUUCCGCCCAAACUGAUUGUCCAGAUUUGGGAUAACGACAAAUUCUCACUGGAUGACUACCUCGGCACCGUGGAGCUGGACCUGCGGAACCUGGUUGCUCCGGCGAAGAGCCCGGAGAAGUGCUCUCUGAAGAUGAUGGAGGAUCUGGAAAUGGGAGUUCCAAACAAACUGGAGCGAGCCAAGUCUCUGUUUGCCCAGCAGUCCGUGCGAGGCUGGUGGCCGUGUUCCAUUGAACAAGCUGGGGAGAAGGUCCUGGGCGGGAAAGUGGAGAUGACGCUGGAGAUUAUCGGGGAAGAGCUCGCGGAUGAGAAACCUGCAGGAAAAGGCCGGGACGAGCCCAACAUGAACCCAAAACUGGACCCGCCGAAACGUCCAGACACGUCCUUCUUUUGGUUCACCAACCCAUGUAAGACCAUGAAGUUCAUUGUGUGGAAAAGGUUCAGGUGCCUCUUCAUCGUCCUCGUCCUCCUCACCAUCGUGGUGCUCUUCCUGGCCAUCCUGCUGUACUCGUUGCCGAACUACAUAUCGAUGAAGAUCGUGAAACCACUGCAAUAACCCUGAGCAUCACAACCAUUUCUUUUUUUUGUAUACUGCCUGGAUUUUAUAAAGGUUUAAAUGGGAAGGGGUGCUUGCACAAGUGCACUAUAUUAUCAUAUUUUACCAUGAGCACGUUCUCUCAGCCGUUAAAUGGUGAAACUCGUUAGCAAAACAUGAAACGGUUUCCAAAGAACUGAUUUUUAUCACUGAGACUCUGAAGGAGGAAAACGGGAGAACUCUGUUUAAUCACAACCUCAAGAAAUUCAACUUAAGGCUGCACUAAGAAUUCAUGAUUUCACAGUUCUGUUGAUCAAAGUUACAUCCUCAAUGUAAACUGGGAUAAACGGCUAUUAAUAAUUGUCACUAUGGUAGUAUGUGUUAUAGGACUGUUGCAUUACAUUGUGCCAGGGUUUCAAAUCAAAUGUGCUAAAAACAAAAAAAAACAAAAGACAUUCAUGUUCAGUGCGUUUGCAUGUUUUUCUAAAUUAAACAUAUAAACAGUCAA